GAUCUCAAGAGCUUGAUUUGAAGAGGGCGCUGGUCCAGAUAUGCAGGCUUUGAUCAUCAUCAAGAAGGGACAGGUGAACAGCAUUGCAGCUCCAGUGUGUCAGGGCCUUUGUUGUGGCUGCUGUUGUUGUCGUUCGCCGUGUUAGGAGUAAGUGCGGGCGUCAUUCCGAUAUCGUGCCGCAGUAGCCCAACGGCUCCCGCGACAGCCCGUGAGCGACCCCGCACCAGCACGAGGCGACCUCAAGUCCUCCACAGGAGCCUCUCCGAGCCCACGGACUGCGGAACCGCAUCGGGACGUGAUGUCUGGCGUAGCUGGGCUAGCAGAAGCCGCUCAGUCUCUUAGGGACAUGGAGACGGACGCGCAUCGGCCCAUACUCGAGGAGGAGGAGGAGGCCGCCGGCGACGAGGCCGCGGGCCGGCCGGCCAAAAUGGCGCGCACGGAAUCGGGGGCAGCGCGCUCGACGCUGCGGCAUAUCGAGACGGAGCAGCGCCGCCGCGACCGCAUAAACGACGGGUUCAAGGCGCUGCGCGAGCUGCUGCCCACGACCGAGAAGAUGGACAAGGCCAACUUCCUCAUGGCCUGCGUCUCGUACAUCCGCCAGCUGCAGGCGGUUAUGCAGCAGCUGUUGGUGAUGGGCGCGGUCAGCAAGCUGCCGGAGGAGGUGCAGUGGAACGUGCGCGUGCUACUGCCGCGCAAGGAGGAGCCCGCCGCGGCCGCCGCCAAGGCUGCGCAGGCCGCUGCCGGCCCGUUCGUCGUCCAGUUCCCCGGCCUGCACAUGCCCAUCCAGCAGGGCCAGGGAGACGCUGCGCACCUGCAGAGCCUGCUUCUGGCGCAGCAGCUGCAGCAGCAACAGCAACAGCAGCAGCAGCAGCAGAGCCAGCUUGUGCAGGCUGGCAGCUUCCAGCUGGCACUCCAGCUGCAGCAGCUGCUGCAGAGCACCCAGCAGGAUCUCUCUGGCAACAAUGUGGUGGCGCAACUGGCGCAGCAGCAGCCGGGCAUGCUGGCCACGCUGGGCAUGCUGCUGCCGGGCCUGAACGCGGCCAGCAAUGCAGGCAGCCAGCCGGCAGCUGCGCAGCAGGCGCCUGUUCAGGCGAGCGCGGCCCCCGGCGGCUGCUAUGCAGCUGCCCCGGCCGCAAUGGACGCAAGCCACAUCAUCGGCGGAGGCAACGCCCCCGCCAAGGCGCGCAAGACCACCAAAGUGCGCCGCCACACCACCGCUGCACGCCUGUCCAAGCCGCCCAGCCCAUCUGAUGAGCUCGCCUCUUCCAUGCCCGAGGGACGCCCCUCCCCGGCCGAGAUUGGCUCCUGAGACUGACUCCUGGAUCCCUCAUCACUCAUGUAUGAGGAGCAUUGGUGAGAAGGCGGCGCCUGCCUAAACAAAAUUGGCUCCUGAGAUUGGUCCUUGGCCCAAGAUGGGCUGCUGAGAUAGCUCCUGGAAGUUGUCUAUCAUCAGUCACAGGGACAAUUAUCAUUGGCUAUUCACCUGCUGGACAGCCAGAUGACAGUCAGGAUACAAGUCAAGAAGAGAAUGCGAAGUGCAUGAGUGACACGGCAAUCUCUGAGUAUGAGGCCAGGAUUUUUGUCUCAUUUGACGACAGUGGUCUGGAGUUACCUCUGAGCCGAGUCAGCUGGGAGAACAACAAGUGAAGCGGGACAGAGGAAGGACAGAGGAAGAGUGUACGACAAUUGUUCUAUGAGACAGGGGACGGCUUUGGGGGACUGCGCACACCGUAGGCUGCACGACUGAUCGCUUUGAGUUCGGAGGAGUGUGAACCAACGCCAUCUAUGUCUCUGCUGGGUUCCGGUCCUUCUCAGGGUGCAUCAUCACCUCCUCAAGUACUUCCACGUUUUCUCCAGUAGGCAGCCGCAUCAGCUUGCUGGAUUUUUUGCACCACAAAUUUUCUUGUAGCGGAACGCGGAUGAAAAUGCCAGAAUCAUCACGGCAUGGAUGCAGAGAAGAGUUACUCAGGAUGUUGAUUGGGUGGGUUGUGGAAUAAACAUUAAAAUAGCGAGUCACUGGGACUCUUACUGAAUGUAGUGUGUUGUCUGGAACACUUUUAUCUCCCUG